CAUGGAUUAUUCCUUAUCUUAUCCUCUCCUACUAUUUAUCAAGGCUUGUCAUAAUGUUUUUUUUUAUCAUACUUAUAUAAAAAGGCGCAAUUAAUGUAAUGCUUAUCAGUUAGUCGAAUUCUCGUGUCAACAGAGCCACUCCCAGGUGAUAUUGACAAGCAAGCAUGAAGAUUGCCAUAGUAUUGUGCUUUUAACUGUACUUUGUACCGUUUACGCUCCUGACCCGCUAAUAAGCGAUUUGGAACGAAUAAAACUAAAAAUUAAUAACGCAGUAUCGACCGUGCGGAAUAUUAUACAAGAUCUCGAGCAUAUCCAUGCUAGUACUAUAGAGGAUACUAUUGAAAUGGCCAGAGAGAGAUGGUGGCGACAAAUGCAUAAUUACAGAGAUUAUAUUCAUUUAUUACUCGGUUCGAUGCGCAGAGAAGUAGAAUAUGCUAAGUCUAAAGAUGUGGAUGCGCAAUCUUGCUACAAUAUCAAUUCCGAAGCCAUAGACAUGCACGCUGAAACAGCAUACGAUACUGCUACAAAAUGCAUAGAAUCUGCUGAAAAGUCUAUUCAGAAAAGUCUUUCAUUUAUCGAUAGUCUCAUAUCGUUAGGAGAACAGUUGAUAAAAGAAUUGAAGGACCUCACGAUGAAUUGUUACGACGAAAAUAGCAUCGCAAUGCAGAGCUGCCUUCUUUUAGAAUUCGGAAAAGUCAAUACCGCUGUGGAAAACUUUAAUGAUGAUGCCAAAAACAUCCAGUACAGCGUAAUAUCAGCGUCCAAUUAUGUCGUUCUACAGGCUACCCAAUGCGUGACCAAUACUUAUGACUCAGCGUACUUUGAAAGUUAUAGUCAAAUGAUAUCUAACGCUGAUUGCGUCCGAAUUGCUCUGGAUAAAAAAAAGAAAAAUUGAUUUAGACAGAGAUUAGUGCACUUGUGUAUAUUUGAUUUUACGAUUUAUCUUUAAAAUUAUAUAACUCGAGAAAAACUAUUUUCGAAUUUUUAUAUUCUGAAAAAUUAAGGCAUGCCAUUCGGCAGACGGAAAGCAUGCUAGCAUGCAUAUUGAUUAAAACUUUGUUAAUGAACUUUGUUACCCAGAGCUUAUACGAAUAAAUAUUAUAAAUAACACAUUUUUAACUUACCUAUGCUAUACUCAAGAAAAAUAAAAAUAAUAAAAAAAAAUUAUCGGA